AUGCCACAAACCCUUAUCUUUUCUGUUGAGAUUUUUGAUGUUUGGGGUAUUGAUUUCAUGGGCCCUUUUCCCUCUUCACAUGGUUUUAAUUAUAUCUUACUUUCUGUGGAUUAUGUUUCGAAAUGGGUGGAAGCAAAAGCCACUCGUACCAAUGAUUCCAAAGUGGUUGCAGAUUUUAUUAAAACUAACAUAUUUGCAAGAUUUGGAAUGCCACAAGUACUUAUAAGUGAUGGGGGCUCUCACUUUUGUAAUCGGACCAUAGAGGCACUACUUAAGAAGUAUAAUGUCACGCAUAAGGUUUCAACACCUUAUCAUCCCCAACCAAGUGGACAAGCUGAAAUUUCCAACCGGGAAAUCAAGCAGAUCUUGGAAAAGACAGUUGGACCAACUGGAAAGGAUUGGAGCUUGCGGUUGAAUGAUGCAUUGUGGGCAUAUCGUACUGCCUACAAAACACCAAUUGGAAUGUCUCCUUUUCGGCUCAUUUAUGGGAAACCAUGCCAUCUUCCAGUUGAGUUGGAGCAUCGUGCACAUUGGGCAGUCAAGACUUUCAACAUGAACAUUGAUGCCGCUGGACUUCAUAGGAAAUUGCAAUUGAAUGAGCUUGAGGAAAUUUGGACUGAAGCUUAUGAGAAUGCUCAUAUUUACAAGGAGAAAACAAAGGCUGCCCAUGACAAGAUGAUUUGUAGUAAACUGUUUUUCUGUGGGGCAGAAAGUGUUACUUUUCAACUCUCGCCUUCGUUUGUUUCCGGGUAA